ACUCCUGACGAGACGGCGCGCUCUGUCUGUCCUGUAUAUAAGCGAGACACUCGGCCACAGCGCCAGGGUUAAUCACGAGGCAGUUGGGAAGAGAAUAAAAGUUGGCAGGCUCGAAUUUGCGCUACUCGAACUGUCGUGCGUUCUUGUUGUUGUUGUUGUUUGCCGGCUCGUAAGAACCCGUCGCAAGUCGAAGCAACGGACGCUGAAGAGGCGGAACGUGAAUCUCCAUCUGCAACUCCUGCCGCCGCGAGUCGUACGAAAUGGCCGCCAUACGCGUGCACGCGCUGCUGGGGCUGCUGGCGCUGCUGGCGACGUCGGCGCGCUGCUGGGACGGCGCCGCGGGUCUCUCGUCUCGCCAGUCGCUGCUCGACCUCGUGCUGGCCGCGCUCGAGGAGCUCGAGCGAGGAGGAGGCGGGACACGCCACUCGUCCUCGCCUCUCGCAUUCCCCUCCUCCGAGGACCUCGCGGGGAACGCGGCCGAGAUGUCACGCAUCCCCUCCGAGAUCUUCUUCCCCAUAGCGAUCGAUACCCGUGACCCGAGUUUGAAAGAGAAAUUCAUCAAACACGUCACCAAUAAGAGUUCCAUGUACAUGUCACCGGAAUGCAGUCGGCAGUUCUACCGGCUCUACCAUAACACCCGCGACUGCACGGUCCGCUCCUACUACCGGAGGUGCGCACGCCUCCUCAGAAGACUCACCAUGAGUCCGCUCUGCACCAAGAGUUAGGAGCCCUGCCGGAGGCAAGGGAGCGGGUGGCAGCGCUGUGUGUGCACCAUAACAUGAAGUGCCUUCACGUUAUCCGACUUAUUCUGCAUGGACGUCUGUAACCCAUCGUGCGCCGCUUGAAACACAAACACUGAAAAGCGGACAAAGGGUGAGAAGAAGGCCG